GACAUGUUGAAGAAAGAAGCUCUUCUCCUCAUUCCCAACGUGCUGAAGGUUUUCCUGGAGAACGGGCAGAUCAAAUCCUUCACGUUCGAUGGCCGAACCACGGUGAAGGACGUGAUGGUGACCCUGCAGGACCGCCUGUCGCUGAGACACAUCGAGCACUUUGCCCUGGUCCUGGAGUAUUCCGGCUCAGAGCAGAGCCACCGCUUCCUGCUGCUCCAGGACAAGCAGCCACUGGCCCAUGUUGUGCAAAGAACACACUACCACGGCAUGAGAUGCCUCUUCCGUGUGAGCUUCUUCCCCAAGGACCCAGUGGAGCUGCUGCGCCGGGACCCUGCAGCUUUUGAGUACCUGUACAUCCAGAGCCGCAACGAUGUGAUCAGAGAGCGCUUCGGCACAGACCCCAAGCCAGAGAUGCUGCUGGGGCUGGCUGCCCUCCACAUCUACAUCACUGUCUCAGCCACCCGUCCCAGCCAGAAGGUCUCCCUCAAGAAUGUGGAGAAGGAGUGGGGCCUGGAGCCCUUCCUGCCCCCCUCGCUCCUGCAGCUCAUCAAAGAGAAGAGCCUCAGGAAAUCCCUCUCGCAGCAGCUCAAAGCCCACCAGCACCAGCCUGGUGGCACCAAGGUCUCCACAGCCCAGGCAAAGCUGCAGUACCUGAGGAUCCUGAACGAGCUGCCCACCUUCGCUGGGGUUCUCUUCAACACAGUGGGACUGGAUGAGAAGCAGCCAGCCACCACCCUGCUGGUGGGACCCCGGCACGGCAUCAGCCACGUCAUUGACCUGAAGACCAACCUCACCACGGUGCUGUCAGAGUUCAGCAAGGUCAGCAAGAUCCAGCUGUUCAGGGAGAACCAGGGCGUGGCCCGGGUGGAGACCAGCAUCCUGGAUGCCAAGCCGCUGGUGCUGCUGAUGGAGUGGCCUGAAGCCACCAACUUUGCCUGCCUCAUCGCGGGCUACUGCCGUCUCCUGGUGGACUCCAAGAAGAUGAUCCUGUCCAGGGCCCCCAGCCAGCCACCCCCUCCUCAGAUUAUCAAGGCAGAUUACAUCAACUCACACAACUUCCAGCGGCCUGCCACAGCAGGGCACGUGGGAAAGAAGGAGAAUGGGCUGGUGGGUGGCUCUGCCACUGUCCCCGGAGCAGCCGGGGCUUCUGCCACCAGGGCUUCGGACUCGGAGCUCAUCCGCUUCUGCUACCUGCACAUGCGAGAGCAGAGGAAGGAAAAAGAGAGCGGGACGGAUAUCAAUGAAAACCUGAUUUUUUUUGAGGAAACUCGUCCCAGGACCAAAUCUGACCCCACUUCCAAAAGCUCUGGCCAAGGCUACAACGGGGCAGCUAAGGAGUACGACCCGGCCGGCCUGGAGCAGGACGGGCACGGCAGCAGGGCCAGGGCGCACACCAUAGACACCCACCUGCGCAGCGACGCCUCCCACUCCUACUGCCAGUCCUGCCAGGCCAGGAUCAAGAGCAGGCUGGCCUCGGGCACGGCGGGCAAGCCUGGCACCCGUGACAACAUGGUGGACUUGAUGUCGCUUCCCCCGCCCGGGAACGACGAGGAAGAGGACGAGACGACGUCGCUGCUGCCCGCCAUCGCCGCCCCCCCUCCCGGCUUCCGAGACAACAGCUCGGACGAGGACGACCCGAAGCGCCGGGCGGCGCAGAGCCAGGAGCAGGGCCGGCAGCUCUGCGGGCUCCUGUACGACGAGAUCCCGGUCACGCUCAUCGACAGCGUGCAGCCGCGCACCGUCCGCGACCACGCCCAGGAGCUGGACGAUGCCCUGGUGUCCACCCUGCAGGCGCUGGAAGCCCUGGCUGCUUCGGAGGAUUGUCCACACCCCCCACCACAGCAGACAGCAGGUCUUAUUGUCCUGGCUGCCAUCACUCCUGAGUCAUCCUUGGACUCUGGCCACGAAACGAACUCCUCAGAGCUGACCGAUGUCUCGGAGAUGGUCUCUGCUAUGAAGCAGCAUCAGAACGCAGCCUACUUCCUCACCCAGCACAUCAACAAAGAAAACCUCCUGGCCAGGAAGGACUUGCCUUUCCGAAUCCAGAGCUGUGCUGCCCAGGCUGUCCUCACCUCCCCCUACCCCCUGAGCCGCCAGGACCCGAGCCCUUCACUGAAGCCAGCCUUCUCUGCCCAAAGUCCCAGCCUUACCAACUGCAAGAGCAAGCAGGAGCAGCAGCACGGGGAGCGGGGCUGCACCUCGGCUGCCCAGCCAGGGCUGACCCCCCAGCUUAGUGAGCAGAGCAAGGGGGCUUCAGUGCCAAGCUCUGAGUGCAAAGGUCACACAAAAGCUGCCUUUGAGGUAUCUCUGCAUGCCACAGCAGCCCCGAGCAGGGAGCAGGCACAGGAUGUACAAGAGAAGAUGUCCAAAGAGGUGCAGCCGAGCUCCAAGCUCCUCCUGGAUCACAAAAGCAGUGUAACUCCAGCCAUGGUUUCAGCUGCUCUGCAGCAGGUGGCAAAUGCAAAAGCCUCAGCUCCCCAAGUGGUAUCAGCCUUAAAAGAAGACCAGAACAUGAACGGUACCAGCAGCUGUGCACCAGCCAGCAGCAAGUCUUUGACACUUAAAGGAGGUCCACAAACUGCAGAGACAUUCUGCAACUGUCAGCAGCAGCAGCAGCUCUCUCCGCAGCAGCACUGUGAAGUUUCUCCAAGUCCUAAGGAGGCUCCUGGCAGUCAGGCUGAAGCUUUCCACCUUGCCUCAGCAGGUGAGGAAAUGAUGUCCAGUAAGACUUUUGCCUCUAAAAGCUACCAGCAAAAAGUGAGCAGAGAUGCUUCAGGAAAAGCUGCAGGCGGAGAGACAGGUCAGAAGGCAGGUGGGGAAGCCACAAGCCUCGUCUUGCAGAAACACACAGCUCCUUCAAACCAAGGACAGAAAAUACAACAGGAUAGCUCAGCCAAAAUCUUAAAAGCUGAGAGCAGCAACGUGCACUCUCCAUCGCCUGGUAGCACUUUCAGGAGCACCAGUGAGGAAGCCAAAGGGCCAAUCCAGCUGAUGCCCAGAUCCGAGAGCCUGCAGAUUAGCACUGUGCCUUCCAAAAAAGUAGAAAAAGUCCUGGAGGUAACCCAACAAGAUGCUGAUGUCCCAGCUAAACCCAAAGCCCCCAAAGCUCCCUUCAGGCUUAGGAACCUGUUCUCUGCAACAUUUCCCACGCGGCUGAAGAAGGAGACGGACGAGCGGCAGGCCCAGCUGCAGAAGGUGAAGCAGUAUGAGCUGGAAUUCCUUGAAGAGCUGCUCAAGCCAAAGAGCAAAGGUGACCUCCCACCACAGGAGUAUCUGCACCCACCUGCCCCUGGGCGCUGCAGCUGCCAGCUGAGGAGCAGUCCUGUGCAGAAAGUGCCAGGGAUGUCCAGGGAGCAGAGGCGUAGCUGUGACUGCAAGCGGAUUUGCAGGGGAAUGAGGCCACCCCCCAACCAGCUGGUGGUCCCAGAGCUGGAGAGGCGAGGCAGGGAUAAAGCUGCAGAUGACCAGAAGCAGGUAGAAGCCAUUAGGCUGACAAGCAUGAGCAGCCCUUCCAAAGGCAAACGGAUCCGAUCCACAAGUUUAGAGUCCAGAGACAACCGGUCAGAUCCAGAGAAUGACAUGUCCUGUUUGGCAACAUGCACCUCCCGAGGGGAGUGCAUGGGGGCACCCCAGUACAGGAAGCUCCUGCGUCGCUACAGUGUCAGUGAAAUAGAUAAGACUGAUAGGACAUCCUUGUCCUCUGAUGUCUACCAGAACAUCUACACAGCCAAGCAGAAAGGCCCCCAGAAAGAGCCUGAGCCCAGCAUCCUCUGUCCCGUUCUGAAGAGCAAAAUCCAGGAAGCCUCUGGCGUGUCUGACCCCUCCUACGUCCAGAUAGCACAGGACAAAAAGAACCAGAAGGGCCCAGCAGUGUUCUCUGUCCAGGAGGAGAUGUAUCCAAGUCCUGCUGAGCUGCGGGAUGAAGACAUGGAGGAUGAGAAGUGCUGCUCCAUCCGGUACUGCUUCUACUACAGGAAAUGCGAUGGUGCAGACGAUGGGAGCGAGAAGGAUGAGCUGUCCUACUCCAUCCCCAUGCAGAUACUCCCGGGAAUGAAGCUGGACAAUCAGAUGGUCCCAGUCAUGAGCAGGACUCUUCAGGUCCUAGACGCAACAGCCUGCAGCAGUCCCAACGAGAGCCAGACCCAGGAAAUAGAUUUAAGGACCUCCAGUUUUGAGGGGAGCUUGGCAAAGAUCAACACCCUUCGAGGCCACGCCUACAGCUUUCCCAACGGGUUCCUGCAGGUGCAGCUGGACACCAACGAGCUGCUGACCAUCCUGCGGCAGUGCGUGCUGAGCCCUGAGGUGCGGGACUGCAAACCCUACGUCUCCCAGCUGGCUGAGUACAAGCAGGAGCUGGCCCUCAAGUUCAAGGAGCUGCGGGCGUCGUGCCGCCGCGUGGCCGCCGUCGACAAGAGCCCCAGCCACAUGCUCUCGGCCAUCACGAGCAGCUUCCAGGUGCUGAGCAGCCUCAUCGAGACCUUCGUGAGGCUGGUGUACGUCGUGCGCUCCGAGUCCCAGCGCCAGGAGCUGCUGGCCAAGGUGGAGGAGGUGGUGAGGAACUACACCUUCCUCCUGAAGGCGGCCGAGGAGUCCACGGCCAGAACGCUGAGCCACCAGCAGGCCGUGGAGCAGCUCGCCCGCCAGUCAGCCACGGUGGCCACGGUGGUCAGCACCCUCACACGCUCCCUAAAGACGCUGAUCAACAAGUAAAGCCAGCUGUGGAGACCGACAGGCCGGUGUGUGCCAGGCCGUGCCCUCAAAUCUCCCAGGUCUGGUGAGGAUGCCGUGUCUGCAGGCCCAGCUCACCGGGGUUUGCCAUAGCCAGGACACUCUCUGAUCUCUGCAGAGCGGAUGGCUGUGUUGCUGAUGGCUUGGAAGGGUGAAUCCGUGCCCUGCCACAAUCUGUGCCAUUUCAGCUGGUCAGUGGGGCUCAAGCAGCUUCUCUGCUUGUUCUCCCAUGCUGGCUGGUUGGUGACAGUACUUGGGAGGGACAGGCACCCCAUCUCCUCACCAGUUUGGUUCCAUGGGGUUCUGGGCUUCUCUGCAAAGACCUUUGUCCCAGUUUGUGGUGGGCCAGUGAGUUAUCAGGAGCUGAGCUGGGAUCUGCUGGCUCCACUUGGGCAGUCUGGAGCCAAACCAGUAUCUUGCCACGUAAACAAAGCUUCUGCCUCCAGGAUCUUCCUGGCCACAAACACAACAUAAUUAGCAGCAGAAGGGAUCUCUGGGGUGCAAGUCCCUGCUGGUGUGCUAGGGCUUGGGAAGUAGUCCUGGCAUGGGCAGGUUGCCAUAAUCCUGGGGUAGAGCUAGGGCACCCUGCUGGGCUCUACUCUCACAGCUUAGGCCCCAGUGCUCUAGUCCUGGGCACUCCAGUCCUGAGUGCCAAAGGCAAGGGCUGCAUGCCUGCAGGUGGGGAGGACCCAGGGAGCUACAGCCCUGUCAGUUUUGAGAAGGUCAUGGAGCAGAGGAUCUGCCACCACAUGGCACAUCCAGGACAAGGGGAUCAGGCCCAGCCAGCACAGGGGACAGGCAGGUGCUGCUUCACCAGCCUGCUCUCCUUCUAUGGCAGGGUCACUGUGGGUGGAGGAAAGGCUGUGCAUGAUGUCUGCCUGGAUUUUAGUAAAGCCUUUGACACUGUGUUCCUCAGCACCCUCCUGGAGAAAUGGAUGGAUGGAGGGGCCCCAGAGAGUGGAGGGGAAUGGAGUUAAAUCCAGUGGUGUUCCCCAGGGCUCAGUGCUGGGGCCUGUUCUGUUUAGUAUCUUUUGAGGACACCCUCAGUCAGUCUGCAGAUGACACCAGUUUGGGUGGGAGUGUUGUCUGCUUGAGGGCAGGAAGGCUCUGCAGAGGGAUCUGGACAUUGUGUGAGGGUCAGCCAGGUCCUGCCCUGGGGUCACAACAACCCCUGCAGCUCCAGGCUGGGGCAGAGGGGCUGGAAAGUGCCUGGAGGGAAAGGCCCUGGGGGUGCUGGUGAACAGCAGCUGAACAUGAGCCAGGUGUGCCCAGGUAGGCAAGAGGACACUGGCACCUGGCCUGUCCCACCCAUGGAGUGACAGCAGGACCAGGACAGUGACAUCCCCCUGACUGGGCACUGGUGAGGCCACUCCUCAAAUCCUGUGUCCAGCUCUGGGCCCCUCACAACAAGAAAGAGGCUGAGGGGCUGGAGCAUGUCCAGAGAAGGGAACAGAGCUGGGAAGGGUCUGGAGCACAAGGCAGAUGGGGAGCAGCUGAGGGAGCUGGGGGAGCUCAGCCUGGAGAAAAGGAGGCUCAGGGGGCACCUUCUGGCUCUGCACAGCUCCUGACAGGAGGCAGCAGCCAGGUGGGGAUCGGUCUCUUCCCCCAGGUAGCAAGUGACAGGAUGAGAGGAAAAGGCUGGGGGAGGUUUAGAUUGGAUGUGAGAAAGAUUUCUUCACUGAUGGUAGUCAGGUUCUGGAACAGGCUGCCUAGGGAAGUGGUGGAGUCACCAUCCCUGGAGGUGUUUAAAAGACAUUAAGUUGUGGCAUUUGGGGACAUGAUUUAGUGGUGGAAUGGUUGGACUCAAUAAUCUUAGAGAUCUUUUCCAACCAGAACAUUUCGGUGUUCCUCUUCUGGAUGGUUGAAUCCAUGCUAGAGAUCCUGCAGGGAGCCCAGAUUGAUUGAUCUUUGACCACUGCAAGCCAGAAGGUGGGCUAGCAGCUGAGGGGAGACCACUGUCACACCAUUCUCCAGAGGUCAGGUUCAUGCCCCCAAGGCUCAGCCCAAACCCUCUCCUGCUUCUUUUCACUGUGACCAUCAGAGAGGAGCCCCAGAUCAGCUUUGACUGUGAGCCAGGCAGGGGCUGUCCUCCUUGCCAGGGUGUUGAGGUUCUUUUUCUGUCUUCACCUGAUUGCCAUAAGAAGCAUUAUUUAGUUCUGUGAGGUGGUUAUUUACUUGGAGUUAGGUUUUUUUGAUUGUUUUGGCGUUUUUGUUUUCACUUCUAGGUGAAUGGUAAAAUGGUUCCUAGUUGUGUUCCUUCCCACCCCAAGGCUCCCCUCUCCUCCUCCCAGUCUGGUAAUAGACAUAAUCACUGAGACAGCCUUAACUGGUGUUUCCCUACUGUCCAAAACAGAGCAAGGAGAGAAAUGCAAGGUCACACAUUGCAUUGCCCUCACACCCUGCUCCCGGUGCCUGUCCCAUCACCCCCUCUGGGCAGAGGUCACAGCUUUGGGCAGUUGUCCAGCCCAGCCAGCUCGCCCUGGCCCUGGGGAUGAUCAGGGAUCUCCGUGCGAGCAGUCGCUUCCCAUCUCUGUUAUUUUUGAUAAAUAUGCACAUUCAAAAUGUCUUGUUCUUCCAUAGGAGCUAUGGAAAUGCACAAAUGUGCUUUUAACAUGAGCAUCUUUGGAGUGCAAUAACCUCCCCUGGCCCAUGGCUCUCCUGGACUGGGGCUGUGGCUGUCAGCAAGGCAUGGAGGAUCCUGCUGUGGGGACAGCCUCCUGAUUUCAAGAACCAUGUAGCAAAUAUCCAGCUGAAGAGCCAACUGGGACUUCAGUCCAUGGUGGGCAAGGCCUGUUACAGUGCUGAAGGCUGACAGGGAGAUGUGUUUUCCUUUUCCCUGGGAAUUACCUGGUAUGAAACUGAGUUUCUUCAAAGCUCCCCAUUAUGCCUAUAUCAUUCCUCCAUAAAUCUCUCAGUCUAAUACAGAGGAAAAUUUUUUUAUUGUCUGUAUAUAGUAUAUAUAAAUGAAAAAAUAUAUAAGUUAUAUCUAUACACAAAUUUAUGUCUUGUUUUACAAACAAGAAAGAUUAAAUAUAUUAAUCUUA